AUGGUUAACAAAUCGGCGUUGAAAAAUCAAUUUUGUGAAUUGACAGGUACAUCAACCACGACCGCAGGGAGGUACUUGGAUGCAAGCAAGUACAACUUAGAACAAGCUGUUGAUGCCUAUUUUACCAAACAUGCAUCCAAAUCCAGUCCUAACUCCAAAUCAAACGGUAAGUCUUCUUCCCCCUUUUCCUUUGCCAAGCAUUUGAUUGCAAUAUUUGAUCAAUAUAAAGAUGCCAACAAUCCGGAAGUGAUAGAUAUUGAUGGUACUUUAAAAUACCUUGAGGAUUUAGGUAUAGACCCCGAUGAUCCGAAAUCUCUAACUUUAGCAUUUCUACUAAAGUCACCGCUGGUUGGUGUAUUUAAAAAAGACAAGUUUUUGACUAUUUGGCAACAUUACGAGGUUCAUGAUGUCAAAGCAAUGGCCGAGUUUUUAAACCAUUUCCACGAAAACGUGUUACAUGAUAAAGGCUCCUACUCGGACUUGGAAACCAAUGAAGUUAUUGAUUUUAAACAAUUGUAUGAUUUCACAUUUGGGUUUUUGAAGGAGUCGGAAAAUCAAAAAGUGUUGGAUAUAGAUUUAACAAUUUCGUAUUGGAAACUAUUGCUACCCUUGAUCACCUCAGUACAUUUUGCCAGAAAUAAUUCGGAUAGUAACGAAGACGACAAAGCGAAAAUAGACGAACGAGCUCAAAAUUGGUAUGAUUUUUUAUCCAAUAGCAACCCAAGACCCGUCAUUACAUUCGAUACAUGGUCAAUGUUUUAUUUAUUCUUUUUGGAAGUGAUAAUCCCAGAUCCAUAUAAGCUUUCAAAUUAUGACGAAAUGGCAGCGUGGCCAAGCAAAAUGGAUGAGUAUGUAGAAUACUUGUCGGAUAAUAAUUUGAUAUAA